CAGCCUAUAAAACAGUACAUGUAUAGUAAUAAUAGCUUUCCAUUUCCCAUUGUUGAUUGCUUCAAAUGAUAAACAUACAUAUACAUGUACAACAUUGUCUCUACAAUUACUGACUUGAAUGGAUAUAGCCAACACACUGUGAUAAUGAAUGAAAAUAGAAUAUAAUUCCAUAUCAAGAGACUUUGAUUUUGGUAGCAGAGGUUUGUCAAUAAUAAUCAAAUGUAUUCUACUGAUGAUCAGACUUGCACAUGUGUGAUGUACAUGUGCAGUAUUGAUGCUAUUCAAUUGUUCACAAAUAUACACUAUACAUCAUGGCAUAGUCUAUUAUUGCUGCUCUUUAAUUCACCCUUUGCAAUAGAUACAAGUGUACAUUUUAAUUAAGCAAAAAUGUCAGAUGACGAGCCACUUAAUGAUCAACAAAAAAGCUCAAGUGUAGGAAGAGGAAGAGGACAUAAAUUUGUAGGAAGUGGAGGAAGACAAGAAAGCACAGUUAGAGGAAGAGGAAGAAGAGAAAAUAGAGGAGCAGAUUCAGCACAUAAUUAUAAUCUGAGACUACCUGGGGCUAAUAUCAAUAAAGUUUCCAGAGCCAAAGAAACAGACAAUUUAUCUCUGCAGUCAGUAGCCACAGAAACAGACAAUUUAGCUGUGGAGUCAGUAGCCACACAAACAGACAAUUUAGCUGUGGAGUCAGUAGCCACACAAACAGACAAUUUAGCUGUGCAGUCAGUAGCCACACAAACAAACCAUCCGGUGAGAAUUCCAAGUUGGGAUAUAAUUUUAUUAAUCUUCAUUGCUGUUUUGCUAAUCCCGAUUGCUGCUAUAAUUGGAUCCGUUCUUGGAUCUGAUUGGAGAAGUACCAAGUGUGACCAAGAAAAAGGAAUAAUAAUAAGUGAAAAAGAUAACUACAAACAAAAGUAUGAAGAAAAAUCAGAGGAACAUGAUAAAGAGUCUGAAUACUUUAAUGCUACAAUGAGACUCUUAGAACAGGACAAAAAUUCCUCAAAAGCUGAAAUCGAACAAAAGCAACGUCAUCUUGAGGAAUGCAGAGAAGAAUUUGAUAGAUGCUCCAAACGAAAACAGAAGCUUGAUGAUGAUUUGGUCGAAUGCAAAAAAGUUGACGAAAAAAAUAAGGAACAGUGUGCAGUAGAGCAGCAUAACCAAGAGAAGAAAUGCAACAGUGCUAUAAGAAGAUGCCAGGAUCAUAUUAACGAAAUAAAUAAGGAGCUUGAUAAAUGUCAACACGAAGCAAAAGGUGGCAGUGGAAACCUUUCAAGCAGCAGUAUAAAGCUUCUUAUUUACAUAGCUACAACAAUUCUACUUCUUUCUCAUUAACAAAAUGAGGUGGUUGGAUUAUAAU